AUGGCGGAUUCCGUACCGGACGACCACAAUUCGCACGGCGCCACCUCCUUGGAUCCCAAUGGCGCUGGUGCGAAUGCGAAUUACUUUGAGAACAUGGGGAGUAUGGAUUCGCUCGCCACCGCUGCCCACGCUCAAGCAACUCAACAGCAACAGGCUUCCUAUAGUCCGCACCAGGCCACAGCUCAACAAGCGGCCGUGGCGGCGGCGGCGGCGCACGGUAUGGUGGACCCUUUAUUCUACCUGAAUGAUCCGGCCCAGCAGCAGCAGCAGGCUCAACAGCAGUACUACUCACAGCAGGGCUAUGUUCAGGGGCCCGGUGGCGGCUACCCUCAGGGACCUACGGCGGAGCAAUGGCAACAGGCUUUAUCUCUGGGAGGGAAUGUCGAGUUUCAGCAAUUGUUCAAUCAUGUACAACAGUACAACCAUUCUCAACAGCUCAUGCUCCAGAGGGGUCAACAGGUUGAUGCGGGAGCUCUGGAGCAGCAGCAACAGCAACCGCAACAGCAGCAGCAACAGCAGGGAAACCUGGGCCAGCCUACCGAUAUGGUCCAGCGCGUCCAUGCCCAGCCGCAGGCUAUUCAAGCUCAGAAGAAUCAUAUCCAGCAACAACAACAACAGCAGCAGCAGCAACAACAACCUCAGGCUCAGCAGCAGGGGAAUUUGGGCCAGGUUCCCGAGAUGGCCCAACAUGCACAAUGGCAGGCUCUUCAGGCUCAAGAACAAGCCCAGCGGCAAGAGCAACAGCGUCAGCUCCAAGCUCAACACCUCCACGUGGCCCAACAGGCCCAGCAGCAACAGGCACAGGACCAACUUCUCCAGCAGCAGAUACAACAGCAGCAGCAGCCGCGGCCAAUUAUGACUGCUAGACCACGAGCCAUCGUACCGGGUCACGGCGCUUCGGCGGAGUCCUCCAAUUUGUCCUCACCAUCAUCUAAUAUCGAAGCCACUACCCCCAUGGAUCUCGAUUCGGCGCUAGCGUCCGCGAAACCGUCAUCGACCCCCACAGUGAGGACGGUGCCGGACCGGACCCUGAUCAAGGGUCGCGCCGACUUCCGCCCCAAAACCGCGAUCCCACAGGAUCUUACGGCGGAGGAGUACGCAAGGCAGUGCGUCCAAGCGGCAAUUGCUAGCAGGCUCCCACCAUACGCUUUGCAUCCGAACGAGUACGCUCUCCUGAAAGACCACAUCAAUCACCUGCAGGUCACGACAUAUCUUCACAUACGGAACGGUAUCCUGCGAUUAUGGCAACGGAAUCCACUCGUUAGUGUUACUAGGGAGGAAGCGGCGGGUUGUGCAAAGGAUUAUCGCUUCUUCGAUGUGGCUGAGGUGGCAUACGAGGUUCUGGUGAGGGGUGGCUAUAUCAAUUUCGGCUGCGUGGAGGUUCCGAGCACCGUACCCGCAAAUUUGGGUAAUGCGAAGCGCAGGAAAACCAUUGUCGUUAUAGGAGCUGGGAUGUCGGGACUAGGAUGUGCUAGGCAGCUGGAGGGCUUGUUUACGCAGUUUGGUGAUAGGCUACCCGCGGGCGAGGGGGUGCCUAAGGUCAUUGUGUUGGAAGCGAGAGGAAGACUUGGUGGGAGAAUAUACUCGCAUCCGCUGAAAAGCCAGGCUGGAGCGAAUUUGCCGGAAGGAAAGCGGGCAACUGCAGAUUUGGGGGCGCAAGUCAUAACUGGAUUCGACAACGGCAAUCCCUUGGGUGUCUUGAUCCGUGGCCAAUUGGCACUGCAUUAUCAUAGCCUUAAGGACAAUUCUUCCCUGUAUGAUUCCGACGGAACCUUGGCUCCGAAGGAUCGGGAUAUGCUGGUUGAGAAACUUUACAACGACAUCCUUGACCGGGUAUCCAUCUUCAAGCAGAAAGCCCCACAACCGAGGACAGUGGAAGGAGAUAGGGAACUCAUAGACACUGGCAAGGACCCGGCCGGGGAGGGUGGAGAUAUGAUAUCAAAAGUUGAAGGGAUGGCUGCGGGUGACCUGCACCCACCAACCCCCGUCUCAUCCGGCCAGGACAAUACAUUUUCCGCCAGCGUCGACAAACUCACCGGGAAGCCAUCGACGGCUACGGGCUCAAGCGCUAGGAUUCCCGGCGCAGAACAGGUACGGAAACUUGGAUGGGAGCUUAAGCCCGACACCACCGGACAGGAAACGAUCAAUUUGGAGCCCCAUGGUUCGGAUUCACGGCACCCGACACUGGGAAAGACGAUGGAUUCCGUCCUUCGGCAGUACCAGGACAUCAUUGAUAUUGCGCCGCGGGACCUUCGACUAAUCAAUUGGCAUUACGCAAACCUGGAGUAUGCCAACGCUGCCAAUGUCGACUUGCUAAGUCUCGGCCAUUGGGAUCAGGAUGAUGGGAACGAUUUCAGUGGGGCGCACGCCAUGCUGCUGGGUGGCUAUACACAACUUCCAAGAGGACUAUGGCUGAGUCCCAGGAAGCUGGAUCUCAGGACCAGACAUGCAGUCAAGAGGAUAUCGUAUGGUUCCGGCAAAGGAGCAGAAGGCGGCGCGCGGAUCCAAUGCGAGAAUGGGGAGACUCUUGGCGCCGAUAAAGUGGUUAUCACUGUGCCCUUGGGGGUACUGAAGGCGGAAACGGUAACAUUUGAACCGCCCCUGCCGGAUUGGAAAAGCGGGGCUAUCGAGCGAUUAGGGUAUGGCCUGCUAAACAAGGUAUAUAAUUUAAUCCGGUUUGCUCUGUUCCUUUGCCCCACAAUACUGAUACGGAGGAAAAGGUCAUUCUCGUCUAUGAUGUGCCUUUCUGGGAUGUAGAAAACGAUAUGGUUGGCCUCCUGAGGAAUCCCCUCGGCGAUCCCACAAUACAAGAGAGCUAUGAAUCCAAUAGAGGGCGUUUCUACAUGUUCUGGAACUGCACAAAGGCCAGCGGGAAGCCUACCCUAGGUACACAAAGCCCCGCUUCUCCCGUACUAUCACUUGGACACUGACAUCUUACUAAAUGCAUUUAUUUCCAGUGGCUUUGAUGGCUGGGGAUGCCGCCACACAAACCGAGCUCGAAUCCGAUGACACCUUGAUCAAUGAGGCGACGACCGCGUUGUCGAAAAUGUACUCGGACAAGUCUGUCCCAUUGCCCACAGAGACCAUUGUGACCCGUUGGCAGAAGGAUCCCUACUCUCGCGGUAGUUAUUCAUUCGUUGGAUCCGAAGCCACGGCCGACGAUUAUGACACGAUGGCGAAGCCCGUAGGAAGCUCCCUCUACUUUGCUGGCGAGGCUUCGUGUCGGGCAUAUCCAGCUACUGUUCACGGGGCGUACAUCAGCGGCCUUCAAGCCGCCAGCCAGAUAGCGGAAUCCAUACUAGGCCCAAUACACGUCCCCUCCCCACUAAUCCCACCAAAGCCCAAGUUUCAAGGCUCUUAUAGCUCGCUCUCGGGGUCCAAGCGCAAGGCGGAAGACUCGGUGAUCGAGAAAGCCCGCGAACUCAAGUCCGCACGUCUAGAGGUCUACGAGGAUCGAUUGAAGCAGGCGCUCGCCAAGGCACUCGGCGAGCGACCCACGAAGCCAGGACGCUCGGGCGCCAAUCCGUUCCUGCUGUACCAGAAGGACCAUUGGUUCAUCUGUAAAGCUAAGUGCGAUGAGGCUCGGCGGAAGGCAACCAACAAUCCCGAGGCGAAGGCUACGAGGAAUGAAGUCCGCGCUGCCCUAGGCCAGAUGUGGAGGGAUGCGCCGGAGGAUGAGAAACGGCCAUAUCUGAACGAGACGGAGAAUAACAAGAGGAGCAAUGCCGCGAGCGUUACGGAGUUCAAGAAAAAACUUGCCGAGUGGGAUAAGGCGGCUGUGAAGUUUAGGAAAGAGUGGAAGGAAGCAAACCCGAGCGUGCCGGGUGAGGACGAGGUAUUAUUGGCUAGGCAGGCGGAGUUGGAGGUAGGAUUCCGGUCGCCAGCCGCUCACCUACUUGUACGCGCUUUAGGAUAACGCUUGACUCACUGACUCCACGGGGAAUCCACAGAUUGCCGAGAUCAAGCGAAGUCGAAAACUAAACGGCUUCAUCGACUCCGAUGACGAGGGCUACUAGGGGGGGAAAGGGUCACGAAGAAAGGUAGUAUUAAAGCUGCCCAUCUUGUCUAAACUGGAGGUCUCUUGGACAUCGUUUGUCACCGCGAUGUCGGGCAGGAAGCGUUUAUAGCUUUGCUCACCUCUCCAGGGAUACUCAGUACGUUCACUAACGGUCUAGUCCAAAUCAAAUGCCCCCCAGAUCCUUCCAUUCUCUUCUCUCCCUCUUCCCUUCCUCCCCUCCCUUCUUCAUCGCAUUACUACCUUUUCAUCCCCUUUCCAAUUGGCUUCAUUUCUCCACAGGGUUUCUCUUCUUUCCUCUUUCGGGCUUUUCCCUUUCGGUACACUUUGCUCUCUCUUUUCUAGCUUGGGUAUUUCUCUUUCUUCUUUCCUUUUUUCCCCUUUCCCACAUUCUACUUGUAACCAUAGCUUGAGAUUCCGGAGGGGUUUUUUGUAUUGUAGUUUUUCUUUCCAUCUUUUAUUUUUUCACAAUUUUCAUUUUCGUUUUUUCGUUUUUCCUCCGAUGUUCUGCUUUCUGUCCAGGCCCCUGGUGAUGGAAUUCGAGAGUCGCGGAGGAAGAAGGGAAAAAGAAAGCUGGUGCAUGGUGGGAGCUGGAGGAGGGAUUUGUUGAAUAGGAAGCCUGUAGAUUACCAUAGGCUGUGGGUAUCAUAUCGUUCUGCAGGCCCAUCCCAUGAGUCAGCUUCGGGAUCCCCCGUAAAGCUAAUACGUUAAACACGUGCGACGUUUCAGUGGGGGAGGGGCCGAAGUCAUCAGAUUGGCCUGAAAGGAUAGGUCACGUCCGGCGGGUUGCGGUGGACAUCCGCGCACACGCAGGGGCAAAAUAAUGCUAUUGAUAAUACUAA